AACAAACCCGUAUUUUACCCUAGAUUAGACUCGACGUUUAGAAUCGUGUAUCAAGUGAAAACUUUUCUAUAAAUUUGUUACAACACGUUGAUACGUAAAAAAAAAACACUCAUGUUGACAACCUUUUUGGUUUUAUAUCGCCACCUAUUGCUGUGGAGUAUGGAGGUGGUUUCUGUUUCCUGAUGUAAAUAGCUCAGUCAUCUUCUAUUUAGAAGUCGUGCUAGUCUUUCUGUAUGUCACUGUGGCAGUGGGACUAGCUUUUAGUUUAGCCAGUGAAUGUAUUUGUCUUCUUAAUCUCUUAAAUCGGUGGUUAACCUAAAGCACGAUCCGACGGAACACUGUAGUAUUAACCGGUGUUAGUGUGGAGGUAAAUAAAAAGUGAUGGAAGAUCAGACCUAUAAUGUAAAACUCUAUAUUUAUGAUCUGUCAAAGGGGCUUGCUCGCCAGCUGAGUCCUGUCCUGUUAGGAAAACAACUCGAAGGAGUUUGGCACACAUCCAUAAUAAUCCAUGGAGCGGAGUAUUUCUUUGGAGGACAGGGAAUCACACACUGCCCACCGGGUGCUACACUGUUAGGACAGCCCGAUGCCAUAGUGGAUUUGGGAAACACAGAAGUUCCAAAGGACAUAUUUACAGAAUAUCUUUCAUCCCUUGAGGAGUCUGCAUACAGUCCAGAGACCUACCACCUUUUUGACCACAACUGUAACACUUUCAGCAGUGAGUUGGCCCAGUUUUUAACAGGAAGAAAAAUCCCAUCAUAUAUUACUGACCUGCCAGCUGAUGUGCUUUCCACGCCUUUCGGACAAACACUGCGUCCUCUGAUUGAAUCUGUCACCAUUGUCCCACCUACAGACAACUCUUUCAAUGGGCAUUAUGGACAGAGGUAGACUGUGUUGUAAUGAACAGUGUGAUGUUAAAGGAAUGGUUCAAGCUCAGAUUAGUUAUAAGAAAUAAAGGUUUUACAGAUGUCAAUAAAUCAGAAUAUAGCAUAUAAUAAAAACAUGCAGUUUGUUUUCUGGCGCUACAGGUUAAUGUAGCUCAUAACUAAGGGAAGCUUAUAGUCUAACUGAUGUCUUCAUCACACAUUUGUCUCAAAAUUACAUUUAAAAACUAUUACUUUCAUAAACCAACCACUGAUCAUGUCUAUUAAACAAGACAAUUCAGUUUGUAAGAUCUGUUAAACAGUCUAGAGAGCUAGAGAGGCUUAGUUACCUGACUAAUAAAUAAAUAGUUCACUGCAAUGCAUCAAUACUAUUUGUAGAUAACCCUCCUAAGAUCAAGUCAAUAAGUCGAAAAAUUUUGCAUUCUGACUUAAAAAUUAAAUAAAACACUGGAACUGUAAACAAGUAGUGUGGAAAAAUCUCUGACUGCAAAUGUUUAAGAAACUAAUUAUUAUGUAAAAUUUGUUUUAUAAUACUAUAAUGUUUAUUGAAAUAAUAGUUAUAUAAUACUUCUGACAUUAUUAUAUGUUUUUCACAAUUAAUGGAUUCAAAAUCUGCUUUUGUGUUGAUUUGACAAUCUGCAGUUCCAUCUGAAAAUCACACGAGCUUGCACAAAGCAAUACCAAAAUACAUGCUGAGGAAGUGAUUCUAGCUUUCUGCCUGUUAUUUCUGUUUUGUGCAGCGUACUUCUUAUACAGAUUUGCUCUACUGUGUGACACUUCACUGAACCGUAAUGCACCAUGUGUCAUGCAGUGUUUGAACCUAAAAGGAAACACUAUUUAUUUAUACUUUUGAAUGUGUGAUGAACAGUAAGGGAAGUAAGCUUCCCUUACUUGUUAGCAUCAUCGGUCUAUCAGCUCCAUUUUAGAUGCCAAGCUGCAAUUGAGGAAUUCAACUUUUUUUUUAAAUCUGUAUCUUUUAAUACAUUGGUUUAAGAUAGAUCCUAAGGAAGCAUCACUGGUAAAAGACUUUAAUGAGAACUUGAACUGUAAAAUGGUGCAAAACAAAUGUCUCAGUAAUGAAGCUUCACAAUAAUAUAUUGAGUAAUAUAGUGCUGAGUAAUAUAUUGCAAAAUAUUUUGUUCACCCCGAGACACGUUGUGUUUUUUUUUUUUUUUUUAUUAACAAAAUGUAUGGCAUGUUAGUUACUAAAACAAAAAAAAAUAUAAAAUAAAAAACUCACAUCUGGUUAAUCAAAUAUAUUUCAAGAAUUUCAUGAAAUGAAUAACAUAAAAAAAGCUUUAAAUGUCUGUAAAAUAUUCUAUAUCCAAAGUGGGACUACAUUCGUACUGAUACCAAAUAUAAUAAGAUACAAAUGUCUGUUCUUUUAAAGUGGUAUUGUGUCACAGAGGCAACUUCCAUUUCACUUCUCAUCCAUUAAUCUCUGUUGCUGUAUGGCACAUGUGCUGAAGAGUUCAGUUGAUUUAUUGUACAUUUUCCACAUUCUUUUUUGUCAUUAUUGGUCAUGGGAUCAUGUCUACCUUUGUAGUCUGUAGAAAUUUGAUUUAAUGGUGAACUAUAACUUCUUACAAAUGUUCUGUCACUAGCACUGAAGUUGGGUCAUAGGUCUGAGCUUCAGAUUAAUCAAAUAGUUUAUUUAGUUUAACUUAUAAUGUUUUUUUAAACACCUGGAAGGAGCAGCAUUCAGUGUGAUGACAGAAUAUUUUUUAACUUCAGGUUUUACCUCCAUCUUAAACUCUGGAUACUUAAUUCGAGUGACUUUAUUUAUUAUAUACUUGCAGUUACUGUUGUUGAUGUAAUAUUAACUGAUUUAUUGGUUAUGCUACUUUUGUCAAAUUGGUGUAAUAAUUAUGUACUUCAAAUAAUAAAGCAUAACUGUAUUUUUUCUUUUUUCUUUCUACCAAUUAAUUGGAAGCAAAACAUUAUUUUGCUGUAUUGGAACGUUUUCUUUUCUAUUUAACACAGGAAUAUUAUAUGAACAAAAGGUGAAUGUGAUGAGGUGUAAAAUAUCUUUCGAUUGUGAUGCUGUUUGUUUGAAACACUUGGAUAAUUGUAGUGUAGCAAUAAAAGUGGCCACUAAGUGGCAGAAGUACUGCACAGUUUUGAGGAACAAGCCAAACAGUCAUCAGCAUUUAUAAAUGCAAUAUUUUUAUUUUAUUGAAUAUGGUUAUUAUAAUGUAAUUGAAUAAUAUCUGCCAUAACAUGUAAUAAACAUAUUUGCUCUUA